CACUUCUGAGUACUAUAGCUUGGUAGGUAAAACUAGAUCAAUUUGAAUUCAUCUUAUCAAAAGAGAGAGAAAAAUCCAAGAACAACCAAAGGCCAAGAAAAUGUCACCAACUCAUGUUUGUCUCUCUAUAAUCCUCUCUCUUUGUUACUGCUAUUUCUUAUCAUCCAAAAUCCCAAAAGGUAUUCCAAGGUUAAUUUCUCUUCUCCCCAUUUUUUACCUCUUCACAAUUCUCCCACUUUACUUUUCUUCUCCAUUUCUUAUAUCACUCACUGCUUUCUUCAUUACUUGGCUUGCCAAUUUCAAACUCCUCCUUUUUGCUUUUAAUCAAGGUCCUCUUUCUUCCUUCACCCAAAAAAAUGCAACAAAUCUUCCUAUUUUCAUUUUUAUGGCUGCCCUUCCUCUUAGAUCCAAACAAAAUAGUCCUAUGAAAAACCCCACCAAGAAAAUCCCUUUAAAUCUAGCUUUAGAAUUUGUCCUCUUUGCAAUUUUCUUGGAGUUGACUUUUCAUCACAAAAGUCAAAUCCACCCAAAAUUAGUCUUGAUUUGUUAUUGUUUCUUGGUUUUUCUUGUGAUUGAUAUUCUUGUUGCAUUAUCUAGCAAUAUUGUUAAAAUAAUCUUGGUGGGGUUUGAGCUAGAAUUAGAGCCACCAUCAAAUGAACCUUAUUUAUCAACCUCCCUCCAAGAUUUUUGGGGAAAUAGAUGGAACCUCACCGUAACAAAUACGCUGCGUCACACAGUUUAUUAUCCAGUGAAGUCAGCAUUAUCGGAAGUUGUCGGUAAAACGUGGGCCCUACGUAUUGCCGUGCUGGCAACUUUUGUCGUUUCUGGUUUAAUGCAUGAGCUUUUGUUUUAUUACGUUAAUGGUGUGAGGCCUUCGUGGGAAAUGACGGGCUUUUUUGUGUUACAUGGGCUUUGUGUGAUGGUGGAGAUUGGAGUUAAGAGGGCUUUGAAGGACACGUGGCGGUUGCCGAGGUUUGUUUCGGGCCCAUUAACGGUUGGGUUUGUGGUGGUUACUGCAUUUGGGCUUUUUUUCCCACCAAUAAUUAGGCAUGGUGCUGAUGAAAGGGUACUUGAAGAAGUUGGGUUUUGCUUUGAGUUCCUCAAAGAUAAAAUGCUUCAAUUUGUUGGUUAUUUUAGAUAAAAUUUUCUUAUUGUGGCUACUACUAGAAAUGCUGAUUUGUGCAUUUUGGAUAAUUGUACUUUUCACUUUAGGUAUUUGAUAUAUUAUUAUUGUUAUAUAUAACUUUUAUGAGAAUUGAAGUGAAAAAUUGAAUGCCGUCGUUUACUAGACACGGCGAACACAUUGUGCAUUUCUAGUGUUUUGCUCGUGGAGAGAGGAAUACGGCAAAGUGGGUUCGUCUCACUUAUGCUCA